AUGGAUGCAGCCUUUUCUGCACAGUCGGGACCAAUAGUACAGGUUACCAGCAUCAUAGACACACAGAAUACAAAGUCAGUGUCUUUUAUUCUCGGCAACACCGACCUGUCCGUUGCCAAUGCUCUUCGUCGUACAAUGAUUGCCGAGGUUCCUACCGUCGCCAUUGACUUGGUCGAGUUUGAAAGCAACAGUUCGGUGCUUACUGACGAGUUUCUGGCUCAUAGACUUGGACUGAUCCCGCUCAACUCUGAGCAGGUUGGCACAAUCACAUAUACCAGAGACUGCUCGUGUACACAAUACUGUCCACAAUGCUCAGUGGAGCUUCAUCUCAAUGUCCGGUGUGACGAAGAGUUUACUCGAGAAGUGACAUCCAGAGAUUUGAUUUCAUCACAUUCGAGCAUUAUGCCCAUCAUUCAUGGUGACGAUGAUUCUGGCAUCAUGAUCGCCAAGCUGCGCAAAGGACAAGAGAUUAACCUUCGUUGUAUUGCAAAGAAAGGAACUGCAAAGGAGCAUGCAAAAUGGUCUCCAUGUGCUGGUAUAGCUUUUGAAUAUGAUCCACAUAACCGAUUGCGACACACCACGUACUGGGUUGAAGAUGAUAUCAAGUCGGAAUGGCCUGUUUCUGCAAACGGUCUACUAGAACCAGAAGUCGUGGAUGAUGAGCCGUUUGAUUUUAAUGCCAAACCAGACAAGUUUUACAUGACAGUAGAGGGAACAGGUGCAAUCGAUCCAAAGGAGAUUGUAACCACUGCUUUACGUAUUAUGCAAACAAAACUCAGUCUGGUGCAAAUGCUAAUCAAGGAAAUAUCCGAUGAUAAUGAUGAUUCUUCUAGAGCACAAAUGAAUGGCAUGUACUAGACAGU